AUGUCGCGAAGUGCGACUCACUGCGACACUGCGACACGGUGGCACUGCCGGCACGUAGCCAAGAUGGAGAGGAUAGAAGGACAAGUAAAUGACGGGGAUACUAUUCUUGUGGACCAUAGCGAUGGCCGAACGUUUUUCGUGAAGGUGGAAUCGGGCAAGCGCGUGAACAUCGGCAAGACAAGCUGCAAGAUGUCCUACCUCCUCAACGCCCCGUACGGCGCGGUGUUCGAGCUGGACGGCAACAGGCUGGUCCGCGUGGACGGAGAGCUGGUAGAAGCGGAGGAGGAGCCUCCGGGGGUAGUGGAAGAGGUCACCGCGGCGGCGCUGGCGUCGGACGUUCGCCCACAGGACAAUCGAGGGUUCACGGACACCAACACCGCUCAAAAGCUUACCGAGGAGGACAUCCACAAGAUGAAGAACGAGGGGAAGGGAGGGCGGGCAAUCAUUCAGGCUCUAAUGGACAACAGCGACACCUGGGGGAACAAGACACAGUACAGCCAAGCGAAAUGGCUCAAGCGCAAGCAGCAGAAGUAUCGGCCGCGCGUUCGCGUGGUGCGGGUCACGGGCCGUACCAUGUGCGACGCGUACUUCGCCAAGAACCGCGAGAAAGUUAGCAAUUUGCGGAGCGACGCGUUGGCUCUGGUCCUAACUCACGCCAAUGUCUUCGCGGGCUGCCAGGCUCUGGUCCUGGAUACUUGCAUGGGGGUGGUGACUGCAGCCAUGCUAGAGCGCAUGGGCUGCCAGGGGCGUAUUUUCGCCCUGUAUGCGCAGAGCCAGCCGAGCAUGGAUGCGGUGCGCAAGUUCGAUCAUGCCGAGAAGAACCUCCUCAAGUGCCUGCUGCCGCUGCACACGAGCGAGCUCGGUCGGCUGUCGAUCCCGGAGUCGGAGCGAGAGGCUGACCCUGUGGAUGACGGGGGGCCCGGGGACAGCCGCACCGAGGAGGAGGCGCUGGCGGAGUAUAGGACGGUCAUGGACGACCACGGGGUGCCCGAGAAGGAUCGACCGGCCAGGAUCGAGAGGAAACUGGCCAGGAUGCGGCGGAAUAAGCACAGGCCAGCGCCGCGGCAGGUCCGGGACUGGCUGCGGCAGGGGUGCGACUGCCUGGUGAUCGCUUGCAAGUUCGACCCCAUAGCUGCCGUCGACGCCAUGCUCCCGCACCUCACGCCGUCCAGACCCUUCGCGAUCUACUCGGAGUUCAUAGAGGUCCUGCCAGGGCGAACGCACCCUCUCAACAACAUGUCGAGCUGCGGCGGGUACGUUCUCACGGGGAUCAAGAUCACCAACAACCGGGACCCUCGUGGAGUUAUCCCGAAAGCGAGAAUCCCCGACAUGGCCAAGAGGCACAAGAAGAAGCGGUACAAGAGGACCUAA